UAGCUCAAUCGUGUUCGUGUCCAUCACAAUUCAGAAGAGGCAGACUGAUCUUGGUUUCAAGCAUACAUAGACUAGAUAGCCACCCAAUCCAUCCUCACGUACAACGUACGUACCUUUAAUUUUGUUAUUUGGUAAUAGCAGCAGAUAAUUAAACAGUCUGUGCGAAAUGAAGCAAAAGAUCGAGAUCAAGUUGUGCGUGCCGUGCGAGGGGUGCCGGACCAAGGCGCUGGAGGUGGCCGCGAGGGCGGACGGGGUGAUCUCGCUGGCGAUCGCCGGCGGCGACAAGGACAGGCUGGAGGUCGUCGGCGUCGGCGUCGACGUGACCGGCCUCGUCGUCAGCCUGCGCAAGAAGAUCUGCCACGCCGAGAUCCUGAAGGUAGAGGAGGUCAAGGAGAAGGAGGAGGAGAAGAAGAAGCCGGAGGCCAAGCCGUGUUGCCCUCGUCCCUACUACUGCUACGCGCCGCCGGAGGCGCCCCCCAGCUGCAAGCCGUGCUGCCACCCUCCUCCCUACUGCUACCCGCCGCCGGUGGUCGUCUGCGAGGAGCCCAGCGCCGCCUGUUCCAUCAUGUAGAUCGAUCUCGCAUCAUGUUAUGUUGUUUGAGUAAUUUUACUGUACUGGAGAAGGUAUUAGGAGGUAUCAAAAUUUUAGUGUAAAAUUUAGAUAUCUUUUAUAAAAUUUUACACUAAAAUUUUAGUAUCUAUUCUGAUCUUAGUACCUACUCAGUAAAAUUGCUCUAUGCUGUUAUGUAAGCAUUAGAGACAAUGGUUAAUUACGAUUGGUUUCCGCUACUCUGGUACGUUACCGUCUCAUCUACUGUAUUGGUGUGUUCUGGAUUUCUGGUAGCAAUAACU